AUGGAAAAGAAGGAGCUUGCAAAACGAAAAUGGAAUAGGGGCGUUUGGCAGGGAGUAAAACAGGAAUGCCAAAGUGUCACAGACAGGCCUCCUCGAGAGAGUGCUCGUCUCACUCUUCAUUCCAGGCUUUCCCUUCACAUCCAGAUUGUUCCCUUUAACAUCCACUGCCACAUUUUCCACAUGACGUAUGAUCUGGCCAGCGCGGUGGUGAGAAUUUUUAAUCUCAUCGGCAUGAUGCUGCUCCUGUGCCACUGGGAUGGCUGCCUUCAGUUCUUGGUACCGCUACUGCAGGACUUCCCGCCGGAUUGCUGGGUGUCCCUAAACGAAAUGGUGAAUGACUCUUGGGGAAAGCAGUAUUCGUAUGCACUCUUCAAAGCAAUGAGUCACAUGCUGUGCAUCGGGUAUGGUGCCCAGGCCCCGGUCAGCAUGUCUGACCUCUGGAUUACCAUGCUGAGCAUGAUCGUGGGGGCCACCUGCUACGCCAUGUUUGUCGGCCAUGCCACGGCCUUAAUCCAGUCUUUGGACUCCUCAAGGCGGCAAUAUCAAGAAAAGUAUAAGCAAGUGGAACAAUACAUGUCAUUCCAUAAGUUACCAGCUGACAUGCGUCAGAAGAUACACGAUUACUAUGAACACAGAUACCAAGGCAAAAUCUUUGAUGAGGAAAACAUUCUCAAUGAACUCAAUGAUCCUCUGAGAGAGGAGAUAGUCAACUUCAACUGUCGGAAACUAGUGGCAACAAUGCCUCUUUUUGCUAAUGCGGAUCCUAAUUUUGUGACUGCCAUGCUGAGCAAGUUGAGAUUCGAGGUGUUUCAACCUGGAGAUUAUAUCAUACGAGAAGGAGCUGUGGGGAAAAAAAUGUAUUUCAUUCAACAUGGUGUUGCUGGUGUCAUCACAAAAUCCAGUAAAGAGAUGAAGCUGACAGAUGGCUCUUACUUUGGAGAGAUUUGCCUGCUGACCAAGGGCCGGCGCACUGCCAGUGUUCGAGCUGAUACAUACUGUCGUCUUUACUCACUUUCUGUGGACAAUUUCAAUGAGGUCCUGGAGGAAUAUCCAAUGAUGAGAAGAGCCUUUGAGACAGUUGCCAUCGACCGACUGGAUCGAAUAGGAAAGAAAAAUUCAAUUCUUCUGCAAAAGUUCCAGAAGGAUCUUAACACUGGUGUUUUCAACAAUCAGGAGAACGAGAUCCUGAAGCAGAUUGUGAAACACGACAGGGAGACGGUGCAGGCAAUCGCUCCGAUCGGUUAUCCUCAGAUGACAGCCGUGAAUUCCAUGUCUUCAACUACGACUACGACCUCCCGCAUGAGGACACAAUCGCCGCCCGUGUACACAGCGACCAGCCUGUCUCAUAGCAACCUGCAUUCCCCCAGUCCCAGCACACAGACCCCUCAGCCGUCCGCCAUCCUCUCACCCUGCUCCUACACCACUGCCGUCUGCAGCCCUCCUGUACAGAGCCCACUGGCCACUCGAACUUUCCACUAUGCCUCCCCCACUACUUCCCAGUUAUCACUUAUACAGCAGCAGCAGCAGCAGCAGCAGCAGCAGCAAUUACAGCCGUCCCAGCCUCCGCAGACACAGCAGCAGCCCCAACAGCCACAGACACCUACCAGCUCCACGCCGAAAAAUGAAGUGCACAAGAGUACGCAGGCCCUGCACAACACCAGCCUGACCCGAGAGGUCAGGCCACUCUCGGCCUCACAGCCCUCGCUGCCCCAUGAGGUUGCCACCCUGAUUUCCAGACCUCAUCCCACUGUGGGCGAGUCCCUGGCCUCCAUCCCUCAACCCGUGACAGCUGUCCACGGCACGGGCCUUCCGGCAGUGGGCAGGGGCACUGUCCCCCAGAGAGUCACCCUGUUCCGACAGAUGUCAUCGGGAGCCAUCCCCCCCAACCGAGGGGUCCCUCCUGCACCUCCUCCACCAGCAGCCGCCCUUCAGAGAGAGUCUUCCUCAGUCUUAAAUACAGACCCAGAAGCAGAGAAGCCACGGUUUGCUUCCAAUUUAUGAUCUCUGCUGAUUGUCAAAGCAGAAAGACUGAUAAACUGAGAAUACUCUCGGAUCUUAUUUUAUUCUAUCUCCUGAUCCAUCCCUAUAGCCUACUAUGAAGAGAUAUUUUAGACAGCGCUGGCCUACAUGCAAAAUGUAAAAUAUAUAUAUACACACAUAUAUAUGUAUAUGUAUAUAUAUAUAUAUAUAUACACACACAUAUA